AUGGCAGCAACCAAUAGUGCUUUCAGAACAGAAACCAGAGAUGAACCUAUUUAUAAUCACUUGGAGUUGUUUAAUAUGCCGUCUUCAUCAAUCGAAGCUCCAGCAGCAAACGAUUACCAAGAUUGCAGAGAGCAACAACCGACAGGAAACAUCGGGAAAGGUCGGCGUAUGUUCAGUGAUUACAGAACAGAACCCAACAAUGAACACCUUUACUGUAACAUACAAUCAAUCAAUCAACCGUCUUCACCUGCCACCGAAACCCAAGCAGCAAACCAAACCUCCCAAGAUGACAGAGGAGGGCAACAACCAACAGGAAAUAGUAAGACGAUGGGUCGGCGUGUGUCAUCUGCUAUGAUAGCGGUUUUGGCCUUAGCAUUCCUGGCCAUGCUUGGUUCAUUGAUAGCAACGGCGAUGGUACACGUCAUGAAGAGUGGAACAAACGGUAAUUUUUUAGAUAGAUAUAAAAUGACUUUUAGUAACUGUAGAAGGCGUAAAGUUCGAAAUCGGAGUCGAGCUUUGGCUUGCUACCGCGGUACUUAGUCGAAUUUGGCUGAUUUUUGAUACACUCUUUUUUUUUAUAAGAAUGUUGUUUUUCCGGCCCAGGCUGAAUAUUCUUAUUUUUCUGCCGAUUUUAGGCUGAAAAUAUUCUUGUAUUAUUCUUAAAUUAUAGCUUAUGACAUUUCCGUUUUAGAAUUUAUUGGGGUAUAUGUACAUGUAUUACAUGAACCGUUCAUCGAACUGUCAUUAGCGUUGAACAUUUUGGUAUAGCUAGUGCAGGUUUUUUCGUAUGGUGGCUAGUUUCGCCGUUCAGAGAAGGGAAUAAUUUUAUACGGUUAAGUUAAAAACAUAAAAUUGUAUUGUAUUUACAGAUGUUUCAACAGACAAAAUUAUAUCUAUCCUUUUCAAAAUCUCAGCCUCGGCUUUAUUCUUAAAAUAUUCUUAAAAUUUCGCAAAUUUCAGCCUCGAUAUUCUUAUAAAAUAUAUUCUUAUAAAAAAAAGAGUGUAUAUAUAUACUCUUGAAAUGGUGUCCCAAAUAUUGUAUUGAUAGUUUUAGGUGCGAAUUCUCUUUACUUUGAAAGAUUUUGAGGAGUCCUUGAGGGGCCGCCAUUGGUGAAUGAAAGAGUUCACUUAAAAUUGAAGAAAUUAAUAGUCUUAGCCUUUACUCAGUAAAAGGAUCGUUUCGGUGAGUAAAAGCUAGUAAAAUACGGAACUAUGUUUUUCGGUCUAUAAUUAGUGUAAUUAUCUAGGGCUGAUUUAAACACACGGUCUGAAACGAGACCUAGCGUGGGUUGAAAAAGGCAUUUGAUUGGGCUCUUUUUGGUUUAAAUUGUGCUCAAAUGGCUCCAGGAGAGGCUGAAUCGGCAGACUUGGGCCUGCGUGGGUGAAUUGAUACUUUGGGGCUGAAACAGAUCUUUUUGAUUAACAGUGCUUUCAAGACAUUAAUUAGGUGGUUGAUUCUUAUAUCAAAAUAAUAUAUAUUUUAAAACCGUUGUUCUAGAUUGAUCCGAUCAUCUUGCACUUUAUUUUAUUGCACACAGAGAAGAGUAUUGGCCAUCGUUCCGCACGUUUAAUCAAUCAUUUAAUUAAUUCAUUUAUUCAUUCGUUAACUAACAUAGUAAGUGGGGUGGACCGGACAUCCGAAGUGAUAUCUAGUUCUUUCUAGAAUGGAUCUAGUGAUAUCAUUUCCGGGGGGGGGGGGGUACUCGACUAAUUUUUGGGUAUAGGUGAGCCGCUAAGGCAACUGGCCCCCUUUAGGACCAAAAAUUCCUAAAAUACAUACCCUGUUUAGGACCCUCAAUAAAUUUUAUUACCUUGUUUAGGACAAAGGAUAAAAUGCAGCAAAGCCGGGGGGUACUCCUGAGAAUUCUUGGUGGGGGUGUGCAGUCUGUUUCCUCAAAUCCCCACCCUACCACGGCACAAAAUCUCCUGUUUUCUGGUGAUUUUACCAAACGGUUAAUGUAUUGAAAAUGCCACGUUCACGAUCUGUUUUCUCAUUUCGGAAUUCGUAAGGAAAACUCGGCGUUCACAAUCCGUUAACACCAGCAAAAUAUGCUGUUUACUUCACGUUUUCCAGCACACGGAAAACGUGGUUGAACAGUGCGCUUUCUCUCGUUAACCGGACAUUUUACCAAACGGUUAAUGUAAGGAAAACAUCGCGUUCGUGACUCGUUUUCCAACUUCGGAAAAGACAAGGACAACUUGGCAUUCACCAUCACUUAACAGAGGGAAAAUAUGCUGUUCAUGUCACAUUAUCCAGCACAUGGAAAACGGGGUUGAACAGCUCGUUUUCUCUCGUUAAGCGGAAAUUUUACCGCGGUUAAUGUCGUGAAAAUAUCACGUUCCUAAAUCCUUUUCCGACUUCGGGUAACACAAGGAAAACUCCCGGGAAAACUCAACAUUCACCGGCGGUAACACCAGGAAAACAUGCCGUUCAUUUCACGUUUUCUAGCACCUGGCAAACGCGAUUCAAUAGUGCGUUUUGCAACUCAUUUUACCAUCGUUAUCAACAACGUGUAAACAGGCCGUUGACCGCCGUGUUUUAUUUGGGUCCAAACAUUUCCUGCCAAGAAUUCCCUCAGCUUUAUUUUGAUUAUCUUACCAGCAACAACUUUGGCAAGAAACCGGUGUCUGUGAAUAUUACAACGGAAAUUGACUUCUCAGUAAUCUCAGUUCAGCAGAUUCUGAAUACGAUAAGACUUAUUAGAGGUCUGUCGUAAUCGUCGUUGUUUUUGAAACAAACUCAAGGCAUGCAAAAUGCAUUCAGAGGCUUGUGUUAUUUCUGCCGCGAGGCCGCGAAGCUAAAGAUCCUGGAGAAAACGCAAUGGCACAGACCAUUUCUGUUUCCCUAGUAACCGGGCUCGUAGCCUCGACAUCAUGAGUGACACAAAAGACCAAGAUCACAUGACCUCAAAGUCCACGUUUCUUUCGUGAGAGAAAAUAUUUUGUCACAUUUCGAAGAAGGCGGCGGGAAUUUCGAGUUUUUGUUGUUUUGCUGCCAUGUCCUCGGUCGAUCUUGGCCAAGAAAUCUCUCUUUCGGACCUUUACUUCUUGUUAUUACAAGCCACGAUUAAGGGAAGCAAGGUUUUGGGGCGCAAGUGGCGGAGAGAACGGAGAAAGAACAGGACGUCAACAGACUUACCGUUAAGCUGUUGACGAGCUGUGUGAAAGUUUUCAACCGAAGAAGCGUCUAGAAAGAGGAAAAGGAGCGCCAGUUCUUAAUUGACGGUUUCAAGACAAUUAGGGUAAGAUCUUUAACUUCUUUUAGCAUGUAUUGUAAGGAAUUGAUCUCGAAAUUGAAUGCAAGUCGAGGAUUUGUUAGUAAGCUACGUAUACAGGGAGGAAUCUGGAAUAGUGAAAUUCGGAAUCCGGAAUACAACUGUACCUAAGGAAACUUUCUUGGAAGGGACAAGAGAACAGCUCUGGACGGUCAUGUUGAAACGCAGACCAUGCAGACUGCAGACUGUGCAGACUGACUGUUAUUAAUUUACUUUUACCUUAAUUUUCUAGUAAAAUUUUUACUAUAGUUUCCCGCUUCCUCUCAUUAUGUGCACUGUGCAUCACUAUCAUAUGUGCACCGAUGUGUACCUUCAAGGGUCAUGGCUAAGAAAUGAGAAAAUCGCGAGCUCAUGUUUACCGGAAGAUGUAAAGGCAGUUUCGUGCGCUUUUAGCUGGGCCGCUUUCAUGCAGGAGCGAGCACGAUGGAGGAAGGUAAGCUGAUUCUUUCUGUAAUUGUAUUAUAUUGCCACGAUUAUUCAAAUCUUUUUUAGUAGAAGAAGUUUUUUCAGGUUAAGUGACUUAAAUAAAACCCUUCCUACAAUGGCUACGAGAGAGACAUUUCCUCAAUUUCGUUGAUUGUUGAUGAUUGCCUUGUUUGGUUUCACUCUGUAAUUCAAACCGGUGUCUUGCCGCCAUUUCUUCAACUCUUACAGAUACCGAUGUCGUCGUUGUUAGCUCGGCCUUGCUUUAAAAUGUGUAAAUAAAUCAACGGUAUAUCUACCUUAGAAAUAUUCUGAUUUCCUCGUAUUUGGCGGUUCCGUAAACGUCAGAAUUAAGAGGAGAAGGGCAGUGACUUUAACUUCUCGCAGAUAAUAUUCAAUGAAAAUUAAGACAAAAUAUGCCUAAAAUACACGGUGCAUUCAAGCCUCCUCCACAUCUUCGAGUUGUAUAAAUAAUACAUUUGUUACUAAUGAACUAUUUAGUUUUGGAACUGCAUAAACAAGAACCAUGAUACUCGGACAAGAUUGUCAGUUUCAAACCACUACCACUUAUUGGCGUGAGUGCAUGGAGCAAAUACAAUUGUUGAUCCCCGAGUGAAAACCAGCCAAGAAGGACACUCUUGGGAAUUGAAUAAAAAAAAUAUGUGAACAAAAGUCUUAGCCGAAUCUUCCGAGCUAACAACGAUAACAUCGGUAUCUGUACUGGAUUUGAAGAAAUGACGGCAAGUCACCGGUUUGUAUUACAGAGUGAAACUAAAGACAAUCAUCAACAAUCAAGGAAAUUGAGGAAAUGUCUCUCGUAGCCGUUGUAGGAAGCCGAAAAGCGUUUUAUUUUAAGUCACUUAACCUGAACUGAAAAGCUUCUUCUACUUAAAAAAAUUAAAUAAUCGUGGCAAUAUAAUACAGUUACAGAAAGAAACAGCUUACCUUCCUCCAUCGUGCUCGCUCCUGCAGGAAACUAUAGUAAACAUUUUACUAGAAAAUUAAGAUACAAGUAAAAAAUUUAACAUUCGGUUUGCACGCUCUGCACAGUCUGCAGUCUGCAUGGUCUGCGUUUCAACAUGACCAGCUCUGGAAGAUAGGCUAAAACUUACUGUACCUUGUGGCACAAAUUUUUUGUGGGAGUUUGUUUUUGCAGAUGUAGCAUGUAUAUGAGGCAAGGAGUUUGGACAUGAUAAUUUAUUUGUUUUAUGACAAAGUAUUAAUUUUUACAAUCAAUCCUGGCUGACCUGCAGCUAGCUAAACUAACCGAGGCAGAUCAGUCUCACAAGUUCUAAAUAUUACAGAUAACCCGAUGCUGCUGGUAAAAAGAGCAACUAAAGGGACACAGUCGCCUACUGGGCCACACUGACCUGGACACCACUUUUUCCAGUUUGAAAAAGAAUUAAAUACCUCAACUCAAAAUCAAAUGUACACAUCAGAUACAUCUAGAAAUCUACUUUAAUCUGGCCUAGUUUUUCAUUCGAUCCUCUAUUUUUUUUCCGAAAACAUCUUUCUAACUCAGCAAACUUUUAUGCAUCCUAAAACAUUAUUUUAUCAUAAUUAUUUGGUUAAGCACAGUAUCCAAAGGAACAUAAAAAGAGGAGGUGGAAAACGUGUAGAUGCUGGACGGGAGAAAUCCCCUUCGUGUACCAAAAUAACAAGAGAAAUGAAUCAAUAACGCUGCAGAGCAAAUCAUCAUUACAGAUAUUUGGAAAAUUGAUGGAGAAAGGUACAAUCAAGCUGUCUCAACCUACUGAUUCAUCAAAUUCAGAAGUACCGGUAUUCGUCAAUGUUUAGCUUUCCCUGGACAAGUGCAUUGGUGAAUUCUUGAUGGCAUAAAAAAAUGAGUGUUCUGAUAUGACUUAGAGUCUGUAACUAAGAUUUUGACUUGCAAUUAGUUCAACUCCACAAGGUUUGUUUAGAUAUUCCGGAUGCGCUUCUCACUUUCUGUUUCACGUGCAUCUUGUGAUGUGCAAAGCAGCUAAGAAUUGGUAUGUAAUGCGCAUGUGCAUCAGCUGACUAUGUCCCUUCAAGUGGCCUUUUACAUGGAGGGAGAAUUCGUGCAAAGCAUAUUGUUAUGGGUCAAAUUUGUUUUCAGAUUAAUCUUGAUUUAACUCUGGUUGAUUCUCAAUUUCCUUUGUCUCCUAGCCCCAAGAGACAAAGGAAAUUGAGAAUCAACCUGGGGGAGGGGGGUUGGGGGGAAAGCAAACCCAGGUGCUACAUGUAUGCAACACAAUGUAUGGAAGAUAACUUGUGGAGUUGUAUAGCUUGUGAUUAACUGAUCACAAAUGCUUUGUUAGGUGGGUGCGAAGGCAGAUAAUAUAAUAUACAGAAUCCAAGUUCAAGAGUUCAGUAAGAAGGUUGAACCUUUUUUAUCUGAACUAAUCAUUGUGGGGUGCUAUGGAAAAAAAAUUGUGACGAGUUUGGAAGUGUGCCGACUUAAGUUGCCAUUAUUGUUCUGUUGUUUCUUGGUUACCGGUAGAUUAGGUAAGUCCAAAUUUUGCUUGAGUACCUGUCUAAAAAAGAUACUUUAAGAGAAGAUAAUAGAUAAGAAAUUUUCACUCCAAAGGUUCAUUGUGGUUCUGGGGUAAAAUUAGUUUUCUGGACUGCAUUGUCACCUAUUUUCUGGUGGCCAAUCACAAGGAAACAAGCAAACAUUUCAAGUAGCCUACAUUGUUUUGUGAUGUACCAGUGUUUAUUUUUUGUUGUUGAUCCCUCCUGUGGGCUUCACUCUCUUGUGAUCUUGGCUGCAUAAGGAUUUUGAGAAAUGCCAAAAAUUAUUUUACAAAAUUAUAUAAGUAGUCUAAUUAUUAUUAUUGUUCCUUUCUGCUCAGUUUUUGAAAUUGUUUCCAACAUUUUUCACUCGUAUCAUUUUUCAACAAAGUUAUGACUCACUUGAUAUGUAUAAGUAUUUGCCACUAAGCUCUUCUUUUAUCAUUAAGUUAUAAAUAAUUUCAACUGCAAGGUCAAGUAGCAUUGCAAAGCACAUAAGGGAAAAUGCAAAAACAAAUUAACUCACAAGCAAAUGCCUGUACUAGCCACGAUAUUUUGUGAUGAAUAACAAAAUAUUUGUUAUGUUGAAAAAUGUUGUGAGAAGAAAAUGUAGGUAAGAAUUACAAAAACUGAUCAGAAUGGAACAAUUUUUCUUACUACUCAAAUAAUUUUUAUAUAUUUUUUUGCAUUUCUUGAGCCCCUUCUGCAGUUGAGGUCAAACGAGAAGGAAGCCCAACGAGGGAUAACAACAAAAUUAAUAUAUUCAUCACAAAAUAGCGACUACUAGGUUACAAGCAUUUGCUUGUUUCCUUGUGAGUUGCUGCCAAAAAAAAACAUGACAACACCAUUAAUCUAACCCCAAAUCCACACCGAACUGUUUGAGUGAAAGUUUACCAUCCUUUAUCUUAUCUUAAAGUAUCUCCUUGGUGGCAAUCGACCGAAAUUGGACUUACCUAAUGCAACCAUGAAACAGUCGUGCAAUAAUGGUGACUUAUUAAGUCAGCACUUGCAAGCUUGUGAAAAAUUUAUUCAUGGGGCCAGCACAACAAUGAUUACAGAGUGAUAUAAAAAACCAGUUCAACCUUCUUACAGAACUCUUGAACUUGGAUUAUGAAAAUUAUCAGCCUUCAUACCCACCUAAGGACACUUUUGUGAUCAUUUAAUCACAAGCCAUCUGACUCCACAAGUAUAAAGCUAGCUGUACAUCACAUGUAUAUUCAAACAGUAGUACAUGUUGUUUUAAAGAAGGGAUUCCAGGGAUAGAACACAAUCCAGUGGCAUUACUCAGUUGGUAGCAUUUGUGAAUAAUUUAAUUAAAGGGAAAAGAAUUAAGCCUCACUAAAGGUGACAGCUACAGAUCAGUGACCACUACUGGUUUUUCAAUGAGAAUAUUUCUCUUGACUACAGAUGCUCUGAAAGUUAAAAACAAAUCUAUCAAAAAUAAUUGAUUUCUAUAUUAUUUCACCCAGAAACUUGAGAAAAGACUAAAAGUGGUUACAGAAGAUGAGAAGAAGAUGCCAGUCUUAGAAGCCCUACAUUCAGCCUUGAUUUCGUUCGAUGAGUCAGAUGAGGAGGGUGAUGUUCUCAGAACAAGGCCCCUAUAGUGGAGAUCAGAGGAGGUUUCCAUGUUUUUUUCACAAUUUGGACUCGCGCUAUAGAAGAAGUAUGUCCAACCAGCAAAAAAGGCAAUCUGUUAACAGAAGGGUUGGUCCUCCAAUUACAAGACACCGUAAUGAAGUUCCUGAGUCAUUGCUGUGGGCCAUUAAAUUGUAGUUCUUUUCAUUUUUUAAUGCUUGAUAACAGUGGAGCUUCAAUACAUUUUUAAAAGUAAAUCAGGGAAAACCUUGUUUCAAGGCUUAUAUGUCGACCAGUGAAACCCCAAAUGGCAAUAGCACACUGUUAACAGUGUGCUAUUGCCAUUUGGGGUUUCACUGGUCGACAUAUAUUUAACAAUUUAUUAUUCCUCAAGCCCGAAUGGGCUAUUGACUCAGAGGCCAUGAGGGCGAGAGGAAUAAUUUCUUGUUUUAGUAAAAUCCAACUAGUUGGUCCAAAAUAUCGAGACAAAACAAGUUUAGCUAGCAAAAACAUUGUUCAGCCGCCAUUGUUUUGGUUUUCAAAGCCGGCGCUUUUCGCUACUAGUGGGCUAUAACAUAUGGCCUAGUAGUAGCUCAGCCAAUCAGAAUGUGACAUUGAUAAUAGACCACUAGUUGGAUAUUACCAAUUAACUAUAUUCCAGGUGAUUUUCACCAGCAAACCGAGAGAGUACUCAUCCUUAAAGGAAGUACACUCAAAAUUCCACUCAGUACAAGCACACAUGGACUUAUUAAACUAAGGAGUGGAUCAACUUCGAUAUCUCCCGACUGUUCUUAUUUGGAUCAGUUGGUUAUCAGUAGAUAUAUUGUCAAGAGUGUUCUGAAUUGUACCGACCAUAUUCAUUUGAUAACAGAAUUUUGUGAAUAUCUUAUCUAUGAUUGAAUGCAUUUUUAUAAAUAGUAGUUUUAGUUUACUGUGGAGUGGUCAUAAUCAAUUAGAGGCAUUCUGUACUGCAGACGAUGAGUUGAGUUGCUGAUAAUAAAAGAGUUCAGAAGUACAUUGAGAGCUUUUCAUUACUUGUUUCCAUUCAGGGAUAUCGGGGACAGACAGAAUCGAAGUAUUUAUUUGUCGUUUAAAGCACCUAUGCCGGGUGCCGGGAAAAACAAAACUGCAACAACGAAUGUUAAAUUUUGAACGAAAACACCAGUGAAUAAAGGACUAAGUUACAUUCCAGCAUAAGAUCACACUGGAAACGUAGAAGGUGCGCGAAAAUAAGCGCAUUCGAUACUGAAAACGGCGCGUUUUCCUGGAGAAAAGAAAAAAGUUUUGAAACGAUGGAAAACAUCUCAUUAACCGAUGGGUGAACGGUGGAGAACAUGCUAUUUCCCGGCAUUUUCUAGUUGUUCGCUGCCCCAGAAAACGCGAGAAAACUCACGCAAAAUGACGGAAAACGUCUGUGAAUUCUUUGUUUUGCGACUUGAAAACACCAGAAAACACCAAAAAACGCAAUGUUAAGUCACUGGAAAACUGCGGUGAACAACGGAAUACGAUCCGUUCCUCAUGUGUUAACCGUAUGUUUUCCGUGUGUUUUGCUUGUAUUAUCCGUGCGUUAACGGUCCGGUUAACACCAGUAAAACAGUGAAAACUAUCGGAUAAUGGAACGAAUACUCAAAUUCACCGACCAGAAAACGACGGGAAAAGAGUGGGUUUUACGACCGGAAAACGCGAGAGAAUUUUAGCAAAAUGCCGCGUUUUCGAAAAUUAACCGAGGGUUUUCCGAGACGGUGAAUGCCAUAUUUCUUGCCGUGUAUACUUCAGACCAAAAAAUGUAAUUUUCCACACCCGUUUUCAGACCAGACGUCUAAAAUCCAUACCCGUUUUCAGUCCUGGGCUUUAGGCAGAAAUUAUGUUAUCAUUACUUACAUUAGAGCGCAAACAAACAAAUUCUUCAAAGUCAUUUCGAAUUCGCAUAUUUCUCUUUCUUUCUUACUCAUUUGGAAUGGAAGCGAUUAAUUUUUGAUACAUUCCCGUAGUUCCCUCAAAAACCAUACCCGAUUCCAGACUAAAAUGGGCAAAGUGUAUAGCCGUUUUCAGACCAAAACGGCGCAAAAACCCUACCCGAUGGGGCGGCACAUACCUAUAUGGCUUAUAUAAGGGAGUACCCCCCGGAAUAGAAGAAAUUCACGUUAUAGUCAUUGAUUUUGUUUGCUUGGAGUACAAACAAAAUUCAUCCACCAAUCAAAUCAAUAAUGCAGGUAAUAGGGACUUUAAGAUUCGACGACGCGACGGCGACGAGAACGUCGCUGAAAAAGUGAAUUUGCGUUCUUUCAGUCUUUAUCGCAAUUAUUCCUACACACUUACUUUGUCAAAUGUAGGCGAACACUCCUGGAGUUGAAUUCCUAGGCACCAUAUCCAAGCACAGUAAGAGAAAUAAAAUUUCGUCGUUGCUUGUUUACGUCCUCGGUAAAAAGCGAAAUUAGGCAUGUUCACGUCGUAGUUGUGCUAAAACGGGCAGAGAAAUGUACAAAAAAGCGUGGUGCACGUGCAAAGUUGUUGUUUUGCUAAUCAAACCUUUUGUUUUUUUGACGUUCUCGUUACCGUCCGCGUCGUUGGAUCUUAAAGUCCCUGAUACCCUUCAGACAGACUCACCCGAAAUUGUAUACCCUGUUUAGGAAAGAGGGUCAAAAACCAUGCCCUGACCAGCGGCACAUCCCUGUACAGGCCAUAUAAAGGAGUACCCCCUGGGUAUCAUUUAUGAGUUGGGUGAUAUUUGACCCCUCCUAUCAUUAUCUCUGUGACUCAGAAACAACGCUGAUCGGACCUGUCAUCUAUUGUAGUUAUGAGCACUUAUCAAGUCGCGUCUUAUUAACUUUGGGGUUGUUUCCAGAACGACGUUGCCUUUCUACGGUACUUGAAUGGUCCGUAUGGGGCGUUGUGCCAGUACUGUUCCAGAAUUAAAGAAUAUAUUCAUCGCAAUACCUUCACGAUAUUGCCAAACUAUAUUGGGCAUAGGAAUAUAAAAUGACGUAAAUAACGCAGUCUUCUGCUAGAAAAAAGCAAGGUAACCAAAAAUUGUGUUAGCUCAGCUGUUCUGGAAGCGCUGUUGAAAAUGGCGGAAAAUUUAUCACGUUUUGCGAAAAAGAAAAGGCUGAACUACUACCUAAAAACAUUGUAAAAAAAACCAGCAAAAUACAAUUCUACUCAUGAAAACUGCUUUCUGAAGAAAUAUCUGCUAAACCACUGCAAUCCUGUUUAAUUAAUAUCGGUAGCGACUUAAAACAACAAGAUAAUACAGUUCAAAGGGCAUUUUCCCAGUAAAGUCAGUCAACAUGCACAGCUGAAACAUUUUCCCAAUCUAAGCGAAAAGCAUGCUCUCUUCAACUCCGAUUAAAACGGUUAAACCUCCAGAUAAGUAGCCACAAAUUUCUUACACGGUCGUCUUUCUGCGUCUUUGUGGCAGAAACCGUGUAAUUUCAUUCAAAACUUCCCGCACUUCUGAAAUUAAUACAGGUAAUAUUCCCCCCGGCAGAGGCUACACCAAAAGUAAUUGAUCUUCAAAGUAUAUACCGUCCAGAAAUCCUUCGUGUGUUUGCGCAAGGACUCGUGCCUUGCGAAUUCGCAAAAGAAUCGAGUUUUUAAAACAAUACUUGCCAGCAAACGGUUUUAUGAAAAUGAAGAAAUGAUGGUCGCAGUGAACGCAAUUUAUGCAAUUGCGUAAAGGUUUUAUGUCAUCCCUCCUCUAUGAAAUGUCCAGAAGAGUCUGCCCUACUUCACACCGAUCGGAAAUAAAUUCCUUCCCCAGUUUCAUCGACUGAAAACGAUAAAGAUCCAGAAUAAUACGAAAGUUAAAGUUAGGCGAACGGCUAUCAUGAAAGCGUUUUAUUAUUUAAUUAUAGAAACAACGACUUGCCGGCAACUUAAAACUAAACCCGUUGUCAGCACAAAUUAUCAUCUAUUGUCUUACUGCCAAUCGGAUGCUUGCGUUGCUGGAAGGACGCGCUUCCUGAAACGCGAGAUUGCAGUGAAGACAUGACAGUUUGACAUAUGACAGAGGAAGGAGACUCCUUCAUCUUCCCAAUAUUUUCUAGGAAGAUCGAAGGAGACUCUGCUCGUAGGGUAACCUCCCUCCCGCUACUCCCUAUAAACCCCGACGCCCGCCCUCCACCAAGGCAAAGCGCUCGAUUCCAACGGUCUUAUGGAAAAAUAGGGGACUGUGAACAGUCUAAAAAAAAAAACAGCAAAAUACAAAUCUACCGAUGACAAAUGCUUUCUGAAGAAUAUCUGCUGAUUAAGCCACGGCCAUCCCGUUUAAUAUCGGUAGCCGCAGUCUGUUAUAAUAAUAAUAAUAAUAAUAAUAAUAAUAAUAAUAAUAAUAAUAAUAAUAGUAAUAAUUUAUAAUAAUAAUAUCCUUUGUUUACCCUCAGCAGUAUUUACAGCACUAACGCUAGUGGGGCCGAGCAAAUGCCUGAAAUUAUUCAUUAUAUGUCUUUAGAUGUCUCUCAUCGAAUUAGAAUUUGAAAACUCCAGUUCAGUUAAAUGAUUAAAAUCAAAUUAAGGCUUUAUAAUUUGUCAUUUAUCAAUACGCAGAUUGUCAACAACAGCAGAACAAUGAGCUUAAAAAUCUUGAUGAUGCUGUCGAGAAGAUGAUAAAGAAAGGACAGGCCAUACUACAGGAGAUCAAGAAUUUAAAAGAUUCAAAAAAAAAAGAAACUAAAAAGUUUGAACAGGCGAUAAGAAAUCAGACCCUGCAGUUAAAACAAGAAAUAGAGGUUUCCAUAGAAAACCAAACUGAUAAUCUGACCUCGGAGUUCGAAGACUUGGCUGCGAGAGUAAAUCAAACUGAUGAAGGUAGGGUUAAAGUUUAUUUUCAAAGAGAAAAGAGUUAAAAUUGUAACCAAACUGAUUACCCCUUUUCAGAAACACCAAAUUUUUAUCAUUCUCAUACAAUAGCCAUUAACAGUUCAGAUUGAAAGUUCAGAGCUAGAUCACCCGGGGUACCUAAUCGAACGAAACCAAACCAAAAAUCAAUCGAACCCAAUCGGUCGGAUCAUUGUUCGAUUGGUUCGGUAAUCGAACAUAAGCACUGGAACUUUUCGGAGAGUUCAAUUAGCGAACUCAAUCGAACCAAUCGAACUCAAUCGACGCGAUUAUUUCGAUUUUGUUCCGCAGAAAGACAAAACGCAUCCAGUUUCAAUUAAAUCGGAAAGAUCUACCUCUAGUAUGUAUAUGAAGCAGUUUGAAAACCUGACAAAAAUAUUUCAAUUAACCCGGAAUUAAAUAUAACUAAAACCUUACUGUUACAUUAAAGUGAUUCAAAAUCGAUAAAUUCACAUGAUUAAUGCUGGGGAACAUGAACGUCACAGAAAAACCUUAAAGCAUACACAGGCAAAAUGUAUUGUCUUGAUAAGAUAUUUGUACAUAAUAACGGGCAGUGCUUAUCGACUGCAACGGACAUAUUUUUGAAGUCUUACUCUUCAGCUUCGUCGGUCAAUGGCCAAAGCACAGAUUGACACCAGUUCACAUUGCAAAUGUCCAAGUUUCGUACCUUUAGUACCUUCAGAGCUGGAUCCCUGUCUCCCCUUUUUACUCCAUAAUAAACUUUUCACCGACACCAACGGCAAAAGAAAAAUCGUGGUGGCCUUAAUAACCAUCUGCUCAGGUGUUUGAAAUUGAACUGGGCCAAUACGUAGCUUAUUUGAACGCAGCGCCUUGUUUGAAACCAGACAAAACUGGUUUUAUGCUCGAUUGUUGCAGUGUUCGAUUUUUGAACGUUCGAUAAUGUACGAUAAGUGUUCGAUUUCUCAACGUUUGAUUGUGUUCGAUUGGCAAAAUUGUUGGGUGAGUUGGAUUAAGUUCAAUUACCGAACCCAUUCGAAGUCAAUCGAACGAUUGGAGUUCGAUUAGGUUCUAUUACCGAACGUUCGAUUAGCUAGGCCGGGUAGAUCAUCGCUAUGAAGUUCUGUGAUGAAGCGAGUGAGUGCUGUUGAUUAGCUUGAAAAACCAAAGUGGCCUCGUAACAUUUCACCCGAAAGGGAAUGUUGGUCAACUUUACUGAAAAACGUCUUAGGACUUGUUUGCAAGUUGGAAAGGUAACCCUGGUGCUAGGGUUACCCUAGCUAGAGGGUUAGAGAUAACUCUGGAUUACAAGCAAAAUUUCCGAGAUAAGAUUACCCCAUCGAACGGGUCAACUUUACAAGUUUGACUGGUGUGUUUCGUCAUGCGUGACCACAUAGGACUAAAAUACACAUUCUUUGUAACGUCCAACAUUUAAACGAAAUCUUGAAGAUCUCUAUGUUAAACACGUUAACUUCACCAAAAAAAAGGAAAGAUGUUUUUUUAUCGUAUGAAUAAAAUGUCUAAUAUUGUUCAGAUGUUUAAGACUUAGCUCGAAAAAUUGGAUAACUCCGCCCCCGGGGGGGUGGGGAAGGGUACUCAACAAAUGUUUAUACUGGAAGGCCCAGCCCCCAGUUCCAACUCCUUACCCUUUUUAAUACCAUUUUUCACGAAAAAGGUACCCCUUUCGUAUACCUUCUAUUAACAAAUGGUACUCCUUUCACACACCUUGUCUAGAACGUUGCAUCCCUUUUAACUGCUGUAAAUUCACUAUCUUUUAAAUAGGAAUCAAUCACAAAAUUAGAACGUUUUCUCGACUCACUUAUAGAGCCACACAUUUCAUCUGUUAGCCCUUUUGGACCCUUUCACAGAACCAAAUGACAUAUUUCCCUACCCUUUUAUAUAAAAUUUUUUCAACUAGUGAAAUCUUUCAACAACAACGACAACAACAACAACAUAAGCUUUAUUUGCGUGACUACAAUUAUGUAGUUACAGUAUUGCAAAAACUUUAAAAUAAAGUUACAAUUUAUAACAAUGAUAAUGCAAUGCAAUGAUUACUACCCUGUUAUAUACCUGAAACCUGAAAAAGAUACUCCUUUUGGGCGGAGCCUCCCCGCAUAGGCCAUCAUAGGGAGUGCGCCCCGGGAACGCAGCUCAAAUGUUCAAGAACGCUUGACGGUUGAAGUUGUCUCAGGUGGGCGAGUUAUGGCUAGCAGAGCAUUUACAAGGCAGGUAGGGUAACCCUUUUGCUAGGAUAACCCUGGCACUCAGGUAGGGUUACCCUAGCACCUGGGUCACCCUCCCUCCUUAUAAACAGGUCCUUAAAUUUGCUAUUGUGGCACUCUUUUUUUUUUUACACACGCCAAGCAAACAGUUGCGCUCAAAUGAACCUACACCGUUGACCAGCUAGCCCGUCCGCCCUUACAGUGGACACACGUGCACCAGCCUUCUAUUGUAGCUAUGAGCACUUAUCAAGUCGCGUCCUAUUAACCAAACAAACCAAGCAAACCAGUUGGCUAUUUACAUGCGUAGUACAGAACCUGAACUCGGGACCACCGAGAACAAAUCCAGCUAGCGUUCAGGGUGGAACUUGGACUCGGGGCUUCCGAAUUACAAGCCCAGCGCUCUAACCGCUCGGCCCACAAUGUGUCCACUUCAAUCAUCAGCAAAAAGCCAGCGUGCGACUUUUUCUAGCGUUGUGCAUGCGCGCGCCCCUUCCCGAGGUCCUUUCCCUUGGCACCAAAUACUAACUUUGGCGGUACAACUGUGCCGUGUUUAAAUUUAUUUUUUUAACAUUCUGAGAGUCUUGAUGUAUGCGUUUUAUUCAUGGAAAAAGUACGUAAACUGAAAUGUGGCAGUUUCGCUGGAUAUACAUGUGAAAAGCGCGAGUCGCACACUCCUAAAAGUCUGCAGGCUGUGAAGUAAGGAAGGCGCUGAGCUCACACUGUACCGGAUAGCUUUUCGUGCCGACAUGACUAUGACGUGAAAAGCUGUCGCUAUAGUGUGAACACGUAUUCGACAUGUGACUCUCCACUUUAGAGAUCCGCACGGCGCAGCUUUCCUCCGUUACAGAAAUUGCGCCGAAAUCACCGUUUGUAUGUGUGAACGGAAGCCCUAUCCGGAAUGGUUGUCGUGUCGGCGCAAAAGCUAUCCGAUAUCAGCGGUAAAGUGUAAACAUAGCCUCAGGUUAUGUAUUAUGCACCAAUCAUCUCAUUUUCAUAGCGCGUUCGAGGAAUAGUUUUUCAUUAUAUUAUGUCUCUUAUAGCGUGGAAUUUGAAAAGUCCAAUUCAGUUUAAUAAUUAAAAUCAAAUGCCUCUUGAGUUUUAUAAUUUGUUAUUUAUCAAUUACGCAGGCAGACGUCAGGAUGGUCUUGUUCUUGAUUGGAUGAAACGAGAGUUGAGCAAGCUUAGGGGCAUGGUCUCGAAGAUCAAAGACCAAGUAUCAUGUGAUCAAACUGAACUGCGCAGAUGGCUCGAAAAGAAGAUAAACGAUCAGACCCUGGAGUUAAAAGAAGAAAUAAGGCCUUCAAAAGAAAACCAAACUACAGGUGAUGAGAUUAAACAACUGGCCUUGAAGUUUCAAACCUGGGCUUUUGAAGUUAGGGUUAAAGUUAAUUUUAAGGAGAAAAGAGUUAAAAUUGUAACCAAACGGAUUACCUCUUUUUGGAAACACCACAUU